AAUGAAUAUAUCCUCCCUUUUACGACCAGCACAAUCUGCAUUAUCCUUACAUAGGAAAUUGAAUUGUUGGACAGCAGCGAUAACAAAGAAGCAUAGAAAAUUUUAUUUAAAUACUUUUCCUGUGCAUCUUGUUUUACCAGAUGGCAGUAGUAUUAAUAUCGAAUACGACGAACCAAGGAGGAUAAUUAAUCUUCCUCUCAACAUUGAGACUCUCACCGAAGAAGAGAAACGAAUUAGAUUGGAGAGUCGUAGGACCAUAACUAAAGCAAAAAUAGUAGAAGAAUACCAAGAUGAUUUUGACGAAACUCAAUUCUAUUAAAUAAUUUACCCAACUGUAUCAUUUUUUUAAAUAUUGCACAUGGAAUUCACGUUACAGUUUUAUAUUAUAAUCGUUUAGCUUUUUGCAAGUUUAUUUUUGAUUAUAAAUAGAUCUAGUACAGUAAAUCUCAAAGCAUAUAAAUGAUCUGUACUAUAAAAACACAUCAUGUACAUAUUAAAUAUAAUUUAAUAAAAUAAUAACUGUAUUUAGAUGUAAGUAUAUAUGUCUUCCUAUUAUAAAUAUUACAAUAUUUACAGAAAUGUAAUAGUAAUGUGUUUUAAUGCACUAAAUAUAGCAGAAUAAUUGUCAAAAGGUAUUGACACUGUAGUCGAUAUAAUAACAAUAAAAUUAUUCGUUAUAAUUUUGUAAAAUGAUCUUUUUUCAGGUAUGCAAAAGCUAUCAAUCAUGAACGUCGUAUGUACAUCGCAAUUACCAAUGAAAAAGUGAAAGUAAACGAUUAUAGUAUUCUUUGCAUCCAAUAAGUGUCUCGCAAACGGAUGUUUUCUCUGCAUAUAUUACAUGAUAGAAGGGAUGUAAUAUAUCGAUCAAAAAAUUACUCUAGUGCCCAAAGCUACCCUUCUGUCCAGAGUCGUGUCGCGUAAGACGGUUGCAUUGAUUAUUCGUUUCGAUUUUUUCUUUCCUUUCUAUCUCCCUAGUGAACUUUCUCUGGCUACCGCGUCUGAAUACACACGUCUGCUUUCAUUGGUCUUUGCGUUAAUCAUGAGUAACUGUCGAAAAAGGUCGUGAACGAACUUUCAACGAAACAAGAAAGAAAAAAUGAAAG